AUGGAUUCGUUCGAUUAUCUGCAAAUAGCCAAGAUCAUCGGUGUUACCGGAGCGGCAUGGCUAAGUGUGAUGCUUCUCAAGACCUUGGAGGAGGCUGACACAGCGCGUAUCGAAGGGAAUAUUACUGCUCUGUCUCUGAUGGCCACGCCAGCUCUUGGCCAGUCGAAGACCGAUGACAAUACGCCGUCGACUACUCUCGCAAAGCAGUGGAGUUACAUCUACAACCGAGGGAAAGUCCAAAACCCCCCUGUUGCUGCAAUUACGGCAGGCUCCUUUUUCUAUCUUGCCUGGUCUACCCGCACCACUACUCCUCAGAGUCAAUUGCCGCUCCUCUAUGGCUCGGCGGCGGCCGCGACGUUGGGAAUUGUGCCCUUUACGCUUCUCCUCAUGGCUUCAACGAACAGCAAGCUUAUACGGCAUACGGCGGCGUCGAGCAAGGAGUUGAAUCCAGGUGCCCAACAGUCGAAGGACGAAGAAAUACUUCGUCUCCUUGGCACUUGGACUACUCUCAACGCAGUCCGAGGAUUAUUCCCGUUGGUCGGUGCGGUCAUAGGUUUGGUUGCCAUCUUGGGAUGA